AUGGGUCUUGCCGACUUCUUCUCCGACGUCAUCUCCUCCUUCGGCUUCCCCGAGGCUCAGGCUGAGGCUCCCGCCGAGUCCGUCGAGGAGACCAGCAGCCAGGAGGCUGAGUCUUCCGAGGAGAAGCCCGCUGAGGAGGCUGCCGCUUCCAGCGAAGAGUCCACCGAGGAGUCCGCCGAGGAGACCCCCGCUGAGGAGUCUUCCGAGGAGGAGGAGCCCCAGGAGGAGGAAGAGGAGGAAGAAGAAGAGGAGGAAGAGGAGGAGGAGCCCGAGGACAUCAAGCCCAAGCUCGAGGAGGAGUGCGCCAAGUCCGCCCAGUGCGCCCCCUACAAGCACCACUUCGAUGAGUGCAUCGAGCGCGUAACCAAGCAGGAGGAGGAUGAGGACUACAAGGGUCCCAAGGAGGACUGCGUUGAGGAGUUCUUCCACCUCACGCACUGCGCUACCCAGUGCGCCGCCCCCAAGCUCUGGAAGCAGCUCGCCUAA